AUGGUUCAAAUUGGUUGGAUCGGUCUCGGGAACAUGGGGGCUGCUAUGGCCCCAAACCUGGCCAAAAAGUAUCCCCACGACAAACCCCUUCUCCUCUUCAACCGCAACAAUGCAAAAGCCGACGAACUCGCUGCUUCCCUUGGAAAGGAGGGGAUUACAGUAACGGUCGCUCCUUCUAUUGCAGAUCUAGUCCAGAAAUCGGACAUUAUCUUCACAUGUUUGGCCAAUGAUGCAGCUAUCACACAAACAAUCGAUGCCGCUGUGCAAAGUGGAGAUAUUUCUGGAAAGCUAUUCGUUGAAAGCUCUACUGUUGCACCAAAGUGCACAGAUGCUCUGUCCGAUCUUAUCGUGGGGAAAGGGGCAAAGUUUGUGGCUGCACCGGUGUUCGGUGUCCCCGCUGUUGCUGCUGCUGGACAGUUGACAUAUGUUCUUGCAUCGACUAACGAAAAUUGGAUCGAUGAAGUUAUUCCAUUUACUAAGGGAGUUAUGGGUAAAGCCUAUAUCGAUUUGAGAGGAAAGAACCCGGGUACUGCUUCGUUGAUGAAGCUUUCUGGAAAUCACUUUGUGCUAUCCAUGGUGGUCACAUUGAGUGAGAGUAUGGUUCUGGCAAGCCAGAGCGGUCUGGGAGAAGAUGCUAUCGUGCAAUUCGUAGAAGCUGUCUUCGGUGGACCAUAUCCACAAUAUGCUAAGAGAAUGUUGACUGGAGAUUAUGCCACCGACCAACCAAAGUUUUCGGUUGACAAUGCAUUGAAGGAUGCUAAACAUAUCAAAGAUGUUGGAGCAGAUAAUGGAGUUAAGCUUGGAGUGGUCGAAGAAGCCAUCAGGCUGCUCACAAUUGUGAAGGAACAAGUUGGAGCAUCUGGAGACAUGCCAGGAAUGUAUGGUGCUAAAAGGACAGAAAUUGGACUACCAUAUAAAAAAUAG